UUGCUCAGACACAAGCAAACCUCUGAGCCAACAACACUUGCAAACAACACUUACAAACUACAAAAUCCAAAUUUGUUUAUAGAAAAUAAAGCACAAUGGACGGAUUCAAGUUGGUCCUUCUUGGCGAAGCGGAGGUGGGAAAAAGUACUUUUAUAGAACGCCAUUUAUCUGGUAAAUUCCAGUGGAAGUAUGCGCCCACGGUGGGUGUGAGUUUGAAUCGUUUGACCUUUCGCACUGAUCGCGGAGGGAUUCCUUUCAUCGUAUGGGACACCGCUGGUCAGGAGAAAUUGGGCGGAAUGCGCGAUGGAUACUAUAUACAAGCCCACUGCGCCAUUAUCAUGUUUGAUGUGACCUCCCGCAAGAGCUAUGAUAAAUUGGAAGGAUGGCAUCGUGACCUGGUUCGCGUCUGCAACAACAUUCCCAUUGUGAUCUGCGGAAACAAGGUGGAUUUGAAGGAAAAGCGCCAAGUGGAUGACACUCAAGUGAAGUUCCACCGCAAGAAGAACCUAAUGUACUUUGAUAUAUCGGCCAAAUCGGGCUUUAAUCUGGAUAAACCAUUCAUCUAUCUGGCGCGGCAAUUGCUCAAUGAUCGGAAGUUAAGGCUGGUUGAGCAGCCUGCCAUCCCAAAGAUGAUCACGUCCCCAGAACUGUGGUCACAAUCACAGGACGAGCUGAUGGAAGCCAAGGCCUGAGAUUUACCCCCAAAAACAAAAGACAAGUGUCUAUAAUUUAUCUUCAAAAUUCAUACUCGGUUCUUGUGAAAUAUUGGUCCGGUUUCGUGGAAGGCUUCCUUCGGCACAUGCAGCGGUACUGGUCACAGACCCUAUCGUCCUUUCCAUCGCAAAUAUAGGGCGUGGCCUCGUCCUGUUCCAUCGCAAAGGAUACGCUGAGAAGUAGAAGACCAAAAACCAGCCAGUUCAUCGCUUUUUCAAGAAUCUGCCAACUCUUCAAGCAAAUUUUUCGAUUUUAAGUUUCAGACAACGUCUAAGGCUAUGAAAAAUUAGUCGCAAGUUUAUACUUUAUUUAGACUGAAGCGUAUCUAAAGUUUUAAACAUAUUUUAUGGCUGUAUACCGUAUCAAAUUGUAAUUUAUACGAGUUUUUACAACUUGUCCCCUUUCUAUUUGUAUACCAUAAAUCUUCUAAAUCUAAAUCUUCAAUCAAAACGACCAAAUAUUAAAAUCAACCAAAAAUGUA